AUACAUAAGUUUGUAUGUACGUAACUGUCCCAGCCUAUAUAUCGGUACAAGCAACAGAGAAGGCCUCGGGCCUCAGUGGAAACCAACAAUAUAAUUAAAGGGGGAAAAAACUGUCGUCUCUCUCUCUCUCUCUCUCUCUCUCUCAGUUCCUCGAUUUCUCCACCGGCCGGGAAACAGACGGAGCUGAGACAAGUGCAGUGGAGUUGACCCUCGUCUAACCUAGUCAAUGGAAAGCCGUGCCGAGUUUGUUCAGCUUCUUAGUUUGGUGGUGCUGGUUCAGUUUCUGGUAGCCUCCGCCGGGCCUGUAUCUGACCCACAUUGGUAUCCCGCCGCCGCUACGUGGUACGGCAGCCCCGAGGGCGACGGCAGCGACGGAGGGGCAUGCGGGUACGGGUCACUAGUGGACGUGAAGCCGUUACGGGCCAGAGUUGGAGCAGUGAGUCCAGUUCUGUUCAAAGGAGGGGAAGGCUGUGGGGCCUGCUACAAGAUCAAGUGCCUUGACAAGUCCAUUUGCUCCAGGAGGGCCGUCACCGUUAUCAUAACCGACGAGUGCCCCGGCUGCUCCCUUGGCCGUACCCAAUUUGACCUCGGUGGUGCUGCCUUCGGCCGCAUGGCCAUCGCCGGUGACGGUAACCAGCUCCGCAACCGAGGCCAGAUCUCCGUCAUGUACCGCCGGACUCCAUGUAAAUAUCCGGGGAAAAAUAUCGCCUUCCACGUGAAUGAAGGAUCAACGGACUUCUGGCUCUCUCUGCUGGUGGAAUUCGAGGGCGGAGAUGGUGAUGUUGGAUCAAUGCACAUAAAAGAGGCAAGCUCAACAGAGUGGGUAGAAAUGCAGCACAUAUGGGGUGCGACUUGGUGCAUAACUGCUGGACCCUUGAGAGGACCAUUUUCAGUGAAACUCACCACUCUUUCCACUGCUCAAACCCUCUCAGCCAGAGAUGUGAUUCCGAGCAAUUGGUCUCCCAAAGCCACCUACACCUCUCGCCUCAACUUCUCUUGAUCGAAUUGUUUGGUGGCCUGGGUUUCAACUCACCCAUGAGCCCAUGACAUGAAAAGUAGUCGUUGUGGGUUAUUUAUUUCUAUUUUUUUGAAAGAAAGUAGCCGUUCGAUCGGUCUUUCUUGAAGCGUGAUUGAAGUAUUGUUGUGAGCAGUGUUUUUAGCGUAGGUCAAUUUGUAGUGUUCGUGUUGCCCUCUCCAAAGGGGAGAGAGAGCUGUCUUCUUUUAAUCACUAGGUUUGUUGUAUGAUCUUGUGGGUUAAGUUUGCAGUCCCAUGUGGUUUUUUAAUGAGCCUGGACCAAUGUAUGCAAUUAUUAUUGACAUUUGAUAGGGUGAGAUCGAUAUUUUUAGCUUA